GCCAGAGAUUGGGAUCUACCUGCGCUGCGGUACUUGCUGGCUGGGGAGCUGUCCGUGUUGACCGUGGGCGGUGGAGCCUCCCCCUUGCCAGGCAAAGCCUAUAAAGCCACCCGGAGUCCAGCCCUGGGCCGCCCGUUGGUGACCAUGAAGGCUGUCCUCCUUGCCCUGCUGGCUGUCGGCUUGACCCUGCAGCCAGGCUCCGCUCUGCGCUGCUACUCCUGCAAGGACCAGGCGAGCAACCACGAUUGUCAGCAUGUGCAGAACUGCACCAACUCCGAGACGUACUGCUGGACCAAGCGCAUCCGUGCUGUUGACAUCGUGACCAUCAUUAGCAAGGGCUGCAGCUCGCACUGCGUGGAGGACGCCCAGAACUACUACGUGGGCAAGAAGAACGUCACUUGCUGCUCCACUGACCUGUGCAAUGCCAACGGGGCCCAAGCCCUGCGGCCAGCAGCUGUCACCCUGGUGCUGCUCAUCACUCUCGGUGGCCUGCUGCUAUGGGGUCCCAGCUGGCUGUAG